AUGAGAGCUUUUCUGGGAGUUACUGGACAUUUCAUACAGGAAUGGCAGUUAAAAUCUGUAAUGCUGGCUUGUUCUAGGUUUAAAGGCAGACACACAGGUGAAAAGAUACGUCAAGAGUACGAAGAAACCAUCGCAUGCUUUGAAAUUGGGCAUAAAGUAUCAAAUAUUGUAACAGACAAUGCAGCUAAUAUGUUGAAAGCAUUUAACUGUCCACUUCCAGGAUUUGAUGAAUCACAAACAUCUGAUGGGGAUGAUAAUUUAAAAGCAGUUGAGAGUCUAUGUGAUGAAACUGAAAGCUGUGAAACUGAAACAGAUACUUUUGAUAACUUUCCAAAGCAUUGCAGCUGUUUUGCUCAUUCCUUACAACUUGUUGUAAAAGAUGGUCUUGCCCAGUGUGGAAAUCAUUUGAAGCAGCUUAUUUCAAAGGCUUCUACAAUUGUCAGCUAUGUUAGAAAAUCUGUUUUGGCAUCAGAGUAUCUUGAAGAUGAGAAACGCUUACAAGCUGCUAAUUGUACAAGUUGGAACUCACAGCUAUAUAUGAUUCAAUCAGUUUUGGCAGUGCCGGAGGAUAAACUUAGCUCACUGGAUUGUCCACAGAAACUGUCUUCCUAUGAAAGAAAACUUCUGGGUGAAGUUUGGCAACUGCUCAAGCCAUUUGAAGAGGCUACGUUAGAAGUUCAACGAGAAAGAAGUGUUAGUGCCAGUUUGGCUGUACCACUGUGUAUUUCACUAAAAGCUCAGAUGAAAGCAAUGGCUAGUACUUACAAUACAAACAUGGUUACUACACUUAAGGCUUCACUUGACAAACGCCAGUCUAAGUAUGAAGAAAAUGAAGAUUAUUGCAUGGCUUCAAUUUUGGAUCCACGGUUUAAGUUACCAUGGUGUGAGUCUGACUAUGACAGAGAUCAACACAUUGCACUGUCGAAAAUGAGGUGCAGCACAGUGGUUUUACCAAGCACUGAACACAAGUCACCGCCUGAAAAAGUUCCAAAACCAGUGGGCAUUUUUAGCUUGUUGCCUAGAACACCUAGAAAGCAGAGACAUGUAUCUGGGCGUAUAAGUGAGACUGACAUGUAUCUGGCAGAAGAUUUACUGGACACUGCUUCAGAUCCUCUUCAUUACUGGGAAUCAAAUUCGGAAAAAUACCCUGCUUUGUCAAAGUUAGCACAGACUUAUCUGACCCUUCCUGCCUCUUCUGCUCCAGUGGAAAAACUAUUUUCUAUUGGUGGAAAAAUGUUUCGUGCAGAGAGAUGCUCUCUGAAUGAUGAAAACUUUGAAGCCCUGAUGUUUCUUAAGUGCGAUAAGGCUAUAGAGUGACUGUUGUUGAGAUGAAGUAUCCCUAGAGAGUGACACUUCUGUCAGAUGUAUCUAACAUAAUUCUGUGUACCAACUGUACUACAUGUAUAUAACUUGUAAUAUAUGUAAUGAAAUCUGUAGUGUUCUAUUACGUGCAUUUGUUUUGUGUGUAUCAUUACUGAAGUAGGAAGGCAGUAGCUGGUGAACCUGCAAUAAACUAACAUACUUUAUAUGUUUGUUUUGUAAUUGAAUAUGUUUCAAGUAUUUUGUAUAUGUAUAUUACUAUUUAUUUUUUAGUUUUCUGAUGUAACCUUAAAAGAACCCCGCUUAUAUGAACACAACUGUAUGUGUGUCAGAGUGUGAGGAGUGGAAGGGAAAGAAGGACAAAAAUCUAUCAAGAAAAGACAUAUUUUCAAACGAAGCAACUACUUGUCAUUCUAGCAUCUAGCGCGUUUAUCCUCAUCACAUCACUUUACCUUCAUCCCAUGAUUUUCUAUUUGCAUAAUGUGUCUCACUCUGCCAAAGUGAUGCCACUAUUUGAAAACAUCGCGAUUUAUGAAGGUAAGUGGCCUGUUUGGCGGUGUGUACUCAAGG